AUGUUGUACGAGAAUUUUGAUCCCUUAUUCCCGGACCAGCCGGUGGUCGACCGGUAUCUCCCGGUUUGGGCUAGCCUUCCGGCGUUCCGGUCGAAGCCGGCGUUCAUCUGGUCAGAAGACGGCACCGCCGGAAGCCUGAAUGACGGCUCAUUUCUAACAUACCAGCAACUUCACGAUUCCGUUCAGUUCAUCUCCGAUCAAUUGCUCCGGCAGCUGCGGCGGCGCGACACGGUGGCUGUAUUAUGCUCGGCGGGGCUGGAGCUUGUCCAGCUCAUUUAUGGGUGUCAAAGAGCUGGCCUAGUGAGUGUCCCAAUUAGCCCGCCCGACCCUUUUCUCGAGAAUGAAAAUUGUCACCAUCUCGCUAGAGCUCUCUCGCAGACCAAGCCUAGAGCCGCCAUAGCUCACCAAUCUUACAUCUAUACCAUUUUUCGGUACCUCUCCUCGUCCCCGACCGACGAGAAGCUGGCUUUGUUGUUGCAGAGCGUGCAAUGGAUUUCAAUGGACAGUUUAAAACAACCCGACAAGAAAGCAGAGGUCAAUCAAGACAAACACCAACCCAUUCUUUAUCAUUCUUCCUCUUACUACGGCUGUAAUCCAAAGGAGCCUUAUCUGAUUCAAUACACCUCAGGCGCCACCGCAAUUCCCAAGCCGGUGGUGGUUACCGCCGGCGCCGCGGCCCACAACGUCCGUGUGGCUAGAAAAGCCUACAACUUAAACCCAAACGACGUCAUCGUUUCAUGGCUCCCACAAUACCACGACUGUGGCCUCAUGUUCCUUCUUUUAAGCGUCAUAACUGGCGCCACCUGUGUGCUAACCUCACCCAUGUCUUUCGUCACCAACCCAAUCAGGUGGCUCCACCUCAUCACCGCUUUCAAAGCCACGUGCACUCCCGUGCCGUCUUUCACUCUCCCACUCGUACUCAAGCGGGUGAAGGAUGAAACACCCUCUAGUAAGGGUUUGGAUUUGCGGAGCUUGAGGAAUUUGAUCUUGAUUAAUGAGCCGAUUUACCGGGCGGCGGUCGAGGAGUUUGUGGAUGAGUUUAAGGCGGUUGGGUUGGACCCGGGUUGCGUUUCUCCGUCGUAUGGUUUGGCGGAGAAUUGCACUUUUGUUUCGACGGCGUGGAGCGGUGGCCGGAGGUGGUGGUUUCCGGCGAUGCCGAAUUACCGGAAGUUGUUGCCUAGUGGGAGGUUGAGGGAUGGAUUGUGUACGGAGAUUAAGGUGGUGGUUGUUAACGGCGAAACUGGGGAGGUGGUUGAGGACGGCGUUGAAGGAGAGAUUUGGGUCUCGUCGCCUAGUAAUGCCUCAGGUUACCUUGGCCAUCCAUCUCUAACCAAAAAGACAUUCCACAGUAAAAUCAACAACAAAUCAAGCCCUAAUUUCAUCCGCACCGGUGACAGAGGAGUAAUUAGAGGCGCCGACAGGUUCCUCUUCGUCAUCGGACGGUGUUCAGACCUCAUCAAAUUCAACAACACCCAACAAGAAAUCCACCCUCAUUACAUCGAAUCCACAGCUUACAACAAUUCCUCCGCCUAUCUUCGAGGCGGCUGCAUCGCCGCCGUCAAAAUAUCGGAGACAAUCGCCGUCGUUGCCGAGAUGCAGAGAGACGACAAAAACGACGCCGAACUGCUGAGAAAAAUUUGCGAAGAGAUUCGAAAAGCAGUGUCGAUUGAAGAGGGAACUGAAUUAGGGCUUGUAGUUUUGGUGAAAAGGGGAAACAUCCCCAAAACGACGUCGGGGAAAGUGAAGAGAUGGGCGGUGAAGGAGAAGCUUGCCGGCGGCGGAUUGGGGGUUUUGAUGGCCAUCGGAUUUGAAAAAAAUUGUGAGGUUUUACAGAGAGAAGAAGAGUUGCGAACUCGUCCUGCCCUGCUCUCUCUGCUUUAAUUUGAGUCUUAUAUGUGGGUGAAAUUAGAAAAUGUUGGCUACACCCACUUUAAUUUUUUGGUCUCUAGCUUAUGCUUACAACACAUAUAAUACAUCUAUGUAUAAGAUUGGAAGAUUACUGUAAUUUUCCUAAGCACGACUUUUAUGUUUCAAUAAAAUUUUUAUAUGUAUUAUGAUAA